UUGGCGCUGACUCUUGCAGCUCUGAUGGCGACUUGUGCGUUUUCAGCGGCAUCUCCCGGAGAAAAAGCCAUGCGCGCCUGAUUGUUCUGUGGCCCCAAAGCUGCAGUGGGGGUGUGUGUGUUGGGGUGUGUGUCUGUGUAUGUACAGAGACGUCCACACUAACUCGCGGCUGCAGGAUCAGCGUCUGGAAGCAGACGUUUCGGCUACAGACCCGGAGAGGAGGAGCUGGAGAUCAGGAGGCGUGAGCCGCCAAGAGUUUGCAGAAUCCGUGGUGUGAAUGAACUGGGGGCACCUGGGCGCACAGAUCGCCCCCCCUUUCCCCGCCCCGGGCCAAAGUUGAGUAGUGGGACAUUUUUUUUCACCCUCUUGUGAAGAAUUUCUUUUUAUUAUUAUUUGUCGUAAGGUCUUUUGCACAAUCACGCCCACAUUUGGGGUUGGAAAGCCCUAAUUACCGCCGUCGCUGAUGGACGUUGGAAACGGAGCGCCUCUCCGUGGAACAGUUGCCUGCGCGCCCUCGCCGGACCCGCGGCUCCCUAGUUGCGCCCCGACCAGGCCCUGCCCUUGCUGCCGGCUCGCGCGCGUCCGCGCGCCCUCAGUUCCUGGGCGCAUCCCAGCUCUGCCCCAACUCGGGAGUCCAGGCCCGGGCGCCAGUGCCCGCUUCAGCUCGGGUUCACUGCGCCCGCCCGACGCGCCCCGGAGGACUCCGCAGCCCUGCUCCUGACCGUCCCCCCAGGCUUAACCCGGUCGCUCCGCUCGGAUUCCUCGGCUGCCCUCGCUCGGGUGGCGACUUCCUCCCCGCGCCCCCUCCCCCUCGCCAUGAAGAAGUCCAUUGGAAUAUUAAGCCCAGGAGUUGCUUUGGGGAUGGCUGGAAGUGCAGUGUCUUCCAAGUUCUUCCUAAUGGCUUUGGCCAUAUUUUUCUCCUUCGCCCAGGUUGUAAUAGAAGCCAAUUCUUGGUGGUCGCUAGGUAUGAAUAACCCUGUUCAGAUGUCAGAAGUAUAUAUCAUAGGAGCACAGCCUCUCUGCAGCCAACUGGCAGGACUUUCUCAAGGACAGAAGAAACUGUGCCACUUGUAUCAGGACCACAUGCAGUACAUCGGAGAAGGCGCGAAGACAGGCAUCAAAGAGUGCCAGUAUCAAUUCCGACAUCGAAGGUGGAACUGCAGCACUGUGGAUAACACCUCUGUUUUUGGCAGGGUGAUGCAGAUAGGCAGCCGCGAGACGGCCUUCACAUACGCGGUGAGCGCAGCGGGGGUGGUGAACGCCAUGAGCCGGGCGUGCCGCGAGGGCGAGCUGUCCACCUGCGGCUGCAGCCGCGCCGCGCGCCCCAAGGACCUGCCGCGGGACUGGCUCUGGGGCGGCUGCGGCGACAACAUCGACUAUGGCUACCGCUUUGCCAAGGAGUUCGUGGACGCCCGCGAGCGGGAGCGCAUCCACGCCAAGGGCUCCUACGAGAGCGCUCGCAUCCUCAUGAACCUGCAUAACAACGAGGCAGGCCGCAGGACGGUGUACAACCUGGCUGAUGUGGCCUGCAAGUGCCAUGGGGUGUCUGGCUCAUGUAGCCUGAAGACAUGCUGGCUGCAGUUGGCGGACUUCCGCAAGGUGGGUGAUGCCCUGAAGGAGAAGUACGACAGUGCGGCGGCCAUGCGGCUCAACAGCCGGGGCAAGUUGGUGCAGGUCAACAGCCGCUUCAACUCGCCCACCACACAAGACCUGGUCUACAUCGACCCCAGCCCUGACUACUGCGUGCGCAACGAGAGCACCGGCUCGCUGGGCACGCAGGGCCGCCUGUGCAACAAGACGUCGGAGGGCAUGGAUGGCUGCGAGCUCAUGUGCUGCGGCCGCGGCUACGACCAGUUCAAGACCGUGCAGACGGAGCGCUGCCACUGCAAGUUCCACUGGUGCUGCUACGUCAAGUGCAAGAAGUGCACGGAGAUCGUGGACCAGUUUGUGUGCAAGUAGUGGGCGCCGCCCAGCACUCAGCCCCGCUCCCAGGACCCGCUUAUUUAUAGAAAGUACAGUGAUUCUGGUUUUUGGUUUUUAAAAAUAUUUUUUAUUUUUCCCCAAGAAUUGCAACCGGAACCAUUUUUUUCCUGUUACCAUCUAAGAACUCUGUGGUUUAUUAUUAAUAUUAUAAUUAUUAUUUGGCAAUAAUGGGGGUGGGAACCAAGAAAAAUAUUUAUUUUGUGGAUCUUUGAAAAGGUAAUACAAGACUUCUUUUGAUAGUAUAGAAUGAAGGGGAAAUAACACGUACCCUAACUUAGCUGUGUGGACAUGGUACACAUCCAGAAGGUAAAGAAAUACGUUUUCUUUUUCUCAAAUAUGCGAUCAUAUAGGAUGGGUAGGAUCCAGCUCAAAGAGGGUGGUAGAAAUCUAUUCACAAUUCAGCUUCUAUGACCAAAAUGAGUUGUAAAUUCUCUGGUGCAAGAUAAAAGGUUUGGGGAAAAAAAAACCCAAACAAACUUCCCUUCCCCAGGGGGGCUGCUAGCUUGCUUUUUGCAUUUUCAAAAUGAUAAUUUAAAAUGUAAGGACAAGAAUCUCAUAUUCUCAAGGAAAAAAGGUAUAUCACAUGUUUCAUUCUCCUCAAAUAUUCCAUUUGCAGACAGUCAUAUUCUAAUAGCUCAUGAAAUUUGGGUAGCAGGGAGGAAAGUCCCUAGAAAUUAAAAAAUUUAAAACUCUCCUAUCAAGAUAUUGAUUUGAAGCUGUUAUGGGAAUUAGGAUUCCAGAUUGUAAAAAGAUCCCCAAAUGAUUCUGGACACUAGAUUUUUUUUGUUUGGGGAGGUUGGUUUGAAUAUAAAUGAAAAUAUCCUGAUAUUUUCUUAGGGAUACUUGGUUAGUAAAUUAUAAUUAUAAAAAUAAUACAUGAAUCCCAUUCACAGGUUCUCAGGCCAAGUAACAAGGUAAUUGCAUGCCAUUCAGCACUGCACCAGAGCAGACAACCUGUUUGAGGACAACAGUGAAAUCCACCUUCCUCUUCAUACUGAGCCCUCUCUGAUUCCUCCAUGUCUUGAUGUGAUGCUGGCCACAUUUCCAAAGGGCAGCUCCACUGGGUCCCCUUUGGUUGUAGGACAGGAAAUGAAACGUUAGGAGCUCUGCUUGGAAAACAGUUCACUACUUAGGGAUUUUUGUUUCCUAAAAGUUUUAUUUUGAGGAGCAGUAGUUUUCUAUGUUUUAAUGGCAUAACUUGGCUAAUGGAAUUCACAGAGGUGUCGCAGCGUUUCACUGUUAUGAUCCUGUGUUUAGAUUAUCCACUCAAGCUUCUCCUAUUGUACUGCAGGUGUACCCUAAAACUGUUCCCAGUGUACUUGAACAGUUGCAUUUAUAAGGGGGGAAAUGUGGUUUAAUGGUGCCUGAUAUCUCAAAGUCUUUUGUAUAUAACAUAUAUAUAUAUACAUAUAUAUAAAUAUAAAUAUAAAUAUAUCUCAUUGCAGCCAGUGAUUUAGAUUUACAGUUUACUCUGGGGUUAUUUCUCUGUCUAGAGCAUUGUUGUCCUUCACUGCAGUCCAGUUGGGAUUAUUCCAAAAGUUUUUUGAGUCUUGAGCUUGGGCUGUGGCCCUUCCGUCAUCAUAUCUUGAGCGCGACGAAGCAACCUUGUUUCUGAGGAAGCUUGAGUUCUGACUCACUGAAAUGCAUGUUGGCUUGAAGAUAUCUUUUUUCUUUCCUGCCUCAUCCCUUUGUCUCCAACCUCCAUUUCUGUUCACUUUGUGGAGAGGGCAUUACUUAUUGUUAUAGACAUGGACAUUAAGAGAUAUUCAAAACUCAGAAGCAUCAGCAAUGUUUCUCUUUUCUUAGUUCAUUCUGCAGAAUGGAAACCCAUGCCUAUUAGAAAUGGCAGUACUUAUUAAUUGAGUCCCUAAGGAAAAUUCAGCCCACUAUAUAGAUAGCUAUUUUUUUUUCUUUAAAUAAGGACACCUCUUUCCAAACAGUGCCAUCAAAUAUGUUCUUAUCUCAGACUUACAUUGUUUUAAAAGUUUGGUAAGAUAUACAUCUUUCAUACCCCUCUUAGGCAGGAUGGCUUUCAUAUCACCUCAGCCAACUGUGGCUCUUAAUUUAUUGCAUAAUGAUAUUCACAUCCCCUCAGUUGCAGUGAAUUGUGAGCAAAAGAUCUUGAAAGCAAAAAGCACUAAUUAGUUUAAAAUGUCACUUUUUUGGUUUUUAUUAUACAAAAACCAUGAAGUACUUUUUUUAUUUGCUAAAUCAGAUUGUUCCUUUUUAGUGAUUCAUGUUUAUGAAGAGAGUUGAGUUUAACAAUCCUAGCUUUUAAAAGAAACUAUUUAAUGUAAAAUAUUCUACAUGUCAUUCAGAUAUUAUGUAUAUCUUCUAGCCUUUAUCCUGUACUUUUAAUGUACAUAUUUCUGUCUUGCGUGAUUUGUAUAUUUCACUGGUUUAAAAAACAAACAUCGAAAGGCUUAUGCCAAAUGGAAGAUAGAAUAUAAAAUAAAAUGUUACUUGUAUAUUGGUAAGUGGUUUCAAUUGUCCUUCAGAUAAUUCAUGUGGAGAUUUUUGGAGAAACCAUGACGGAUAGUUUAGGAUGACUACAUGUCAAAAUAAUAGAAGAGUGGUGAAUUUUACCACAACCGAACUAUUUGGAAGCUUCAAAAGGUUUCUAUAUGUAAUGGAACAAAAGGGGAAUUCUCUUUUCCUAUAUAUGUUCCUCAAAAAAAAAAAAAAAAAAAAAAAAAAAAAAAUCAAGCAGAUGGCUUAAAGCUGGUUAUAGGAUUGCUCACAUUCUUUUAGCAUUAUGCAUGUAACUUAAUUGUUUUAGAGCGUGUUGCUGUUGUAACAUCCCAGAGAAGAACGAAAAGGCACAUGCUUUUAUCCAUGACCAGAUUUUUAGUCCAAAAAAAAGUGUAUUUUAUUUGUGUGUGUUUACCACUGCAACUAUUGCACCUCUCUAUUUGAAUUUACUGUGGACCAUGUGUGGUGUCUCUAUGCCCUUUGAAAGCAGUUUUUAUAAAAAGAAAGCCCCGGUCUGCAGAGAAUGAAAACUGGUUGGAAACUAAAGGUUUGUUGUGUUAAGUGCAAUUAAUACAAGUUCUUGUGCUUUUCAAAAAUGUACACGGAAAUCUGGACAGUGCUGCACAGAUUGAUACAUUAGUCUUUGCUUUUCUCUUUCCGGAUAACCUUGUAACAUAUUGAAACCUUUUAAGGAUGCCAAGAAUGCAUUAUUCCACACACACACAAAAAGAGAAAACAGUAGACCAACAUAUAGAGUGUUUAAAAUAGCAUUUCUGGGCAAAUUCAAACUCUUGUGGUUCUAGGACUCACAUCUGUUUCAGUUUUUCCUCAGUUGUAUAUUGACCAGUGUUCUUUAUUGCAAAAACAUAUACCCAAUUUAGCAGUGUCAGCAUAUUUUUUCUUCUCAUCCUGGAGUGCAUUCAAGAUCUUCCCAAUACAAGAAAAUUAACAAAAAAUGUAUAUAUAGGCAGCAGCAAAAGAGCCAUGUUCAAAAUAGUCAUUAUGGGCUCAAGUAAAAAGAAGACUUUUAAGUUUUAAUCCAGUUUAUCUGUUCAGUUCUGUGAGCUACUGACCUCCUGAGACUGGCACUGUGUAAGUUUUAGUUGCCUACCUUAGCUCUUUCUCAUACAAUUUUGCUAAUACCAAGUUUCAAUUUGUUUUUACAAAACAUUACUCAAGCCACUAGAAUUAUCAAAUAUGAUACUAUAGCAGAAUAAGUACUGUAAAUAAGAGACCGAUACUAGCUAACUCCAAGAGAUCAUUAGCAACAUCAGUCCACAAAGACUGAGUGGCCCACAAUAUAUAGAGAGAUAGAAAAGGUAGUUAUAACUUGAAGCAUAUAUUUAAUGCAAACAGGCACCAAGGCACAGGUCUAAAAUACUACAUUGUCACUGUAAACUAUACUUUUAAAAUAUUUAUUUUUUUAAAAGUAUUUUCUAGUCCUUUCUCUCUUUGUGGAAUGGUGAAAGAGAGAUGCCUUGUUUUGAAAGUAAGAUGAUGAAAUGAAUUUUUAAUUCAAGAAGCAUUCAGAAACAUAGGAAUUAAAACUUAGAAAAAUGAUCUAAUUUCCCUGUUCAUACAAACUUUACACUUCAAUCUGAUGAUUGGAUAUUUCAUUUUAGUGAAACAUCAUCUUGUUAGCUAACUUUAAAAAAUGGAUGUAGAAUGAUUAAAGGUUGGUAUGAUUUUUUUUAAAUGUAUCAGUUUGAACCUAGAAGAUUGAAUUAAAAUGCUGUCUCAGUAUUUUAAAAGCAAAAAAGGAAUGGAGGAAAAUUGCAUCUUAGACCAUUUUUAUAUGCAGUGUACAAUUUGCUGGGCUAGAAAUGAGAUAAAGAUUAUUUAUUUUUGUUCAUAUCUUGUACUUUUCUAUUAAAAUCAUUUUAUGAAAUCCA